GCAGACAAUCUGCCUUCGUAAAGUAUAGGGGUAGUUUGUCUUGUAUGGAAACAAAGCCAUGAGAGCAUUAAAUGAAGAGACACCAUGACUUCUACAUGCACUGCCAAUUCUCAUCAGCGCUCUGAUCUUAUUCCCAAAAUUGCCUAAAGAAAACACCCCAGUUCUGAAAAGCCUAUUCCUUUAGCCAUAUAGGUACUAAGCUCACCGCAAAUUACAUCCUAACCAUUCAUCCACACACCCAACCUAAUAUGCUUAACAACAACCUUACACUCCAAACCCUCCCUCCACCCACAGCCUUUUGCCUUUUGAUUCUAAAACCCUUCUCUCAGUUCUCAGUUUUCAGUUAUCUGAUCUUCUCUCCCAUGGCUUCCUCUAGCUACAAUCCACAACCACAAGGUCCCCAACUGAACCCUUAUGCAGAACCAUGGAAACCCAAUACUGUUGUUUGCCAACCCUUUUCUGCUCCAAAUAAUCUUCAGCUUCCUAGGGCAGGGAGACGUCCAGGUUACAGUAAGGGCAAAAGGGUCCACCCAAGCAAAAUUUUCAAUGGCCCCAAUAUUCCUUCUCCUCCUCCUCCCAGGAGAACAUCAGAUAGGACGAGUAGGCCAUGGAAGAAGCUUGAUCAUGGGGCAAAGUGGGUUCCGAAAAACAAGGGGAAGAUGCAGCUGCAUGAAGAAGAGAAGAAGCUUGUCAUUCCUUUUCCAUCUUGUCCUGAUGGGCAAGCAAGGUCUCGUAUAACCACUGUCAUGGUUAAGAAUAUUCCAAAUCAGUUUAAGAGGACUGAUUUUCUGAACGUACUGAAAACGCAUUGUUAUCAAGAGAACCAAAUGCGUCACAUACGCGAUGAACGAAACAAUUCCAAGUUCGAUUUCGUUUAUCUGCCCAUGGACUUCAAGAGAAAGCGGAUUUCAAAUCUGGGUUAUGCGUUUGUGAAUUUCACAAGUCCUGAAGGAGCACUGAGAUUUUACUGGGAAUUUCACAACCGACCUUGGAGAGUAGGAUUCAACCCAAAAAUAUGUGAAGUUACACGUGCCGAAAUCCAGGGCAAGAGUUCUCUAAUGGCAAAUUUUAGGUACAAGCGGUUUUGGUGUCACCUACAUUCGUACCUGCCGGUAGUUUUGGCACCUGCAUGUGACGGUAUGAAUCUGCCUAAGGUAACCGUGGUCGGAAAACUUGCUGGCAAAUCAUCUUACUACAAGUGAUCUGUGCCUUGUGAGGUUCAUUUGGUCAUAUAUGUACAUAUGUAGGGAUAUAUAUAUAUAUAUAUUCUAAGCUUCAAUGAUUUAACAUAUUUGGUGUCUUAACUUAGCUGAAAUCUGAAUUGUGAAUAUAUGGUCUUAUGAUGUGCCAUGAUGUUGGCUUCUUAAGUGAGGAACUUCAAAUGAGUAUCUUUAAAUAUGUGUGCUAUGUGAAGUGGUUGAUGUUUUAAGGAUCAAUGUGAAAUGCUUGGCUUUAUUGCU